GAAAAACCAAAAUGGAAUAUGAGUGCUCGUUUUAUGUUUUUUCCCAUUUGGAUUUGAGCGCAAAAUGGGAAAUCGGAAAACGGCUCAUUAUCCGUUUUUUGAUUUUAGUUUUCGAAAUCAAUACUGAAAAAACCCUCGUUUUUUGGAUUUCGGUUUUGAAUGGCCAUGACUCUUCACAAUUCCCUAUCCUGCUAGAGAUUCACUGCAACGAUGUUUUAGGCUGUAGCCUCCUAUCCAAUAGAGGGCGACAUAUAUAUAUAUCAGUGAUUUAAGUGCGGGGCGCAGGGUAAGCGAAUAAGAGUUUCAAUUUUCAAGAGCGGGCAUUGUUGUGACAGUUAAGGUUAGUCAAUAACGAAAUCGAGUUUCGGAUGUCAAUGUUAUUUAUCCUUAUUUAAUUAUAAAGCUAGUUUCUCUGGAGACUUGCUGUUACAAAGAUCUUGCCACGCUGCGUCUCGGUGUUUUAAACACAGGCAGUGCAGCGCAAAUGGCUUCAAAAAUUCCGGUGCACGUGGACAACCGCAGUGCAAACGCUGCAAAUCCAGAAGCUGCCGUUCAAGCUUCAAAACAAAGGAAAAUUCAAAACGUUCUUUCAAGGAAAAAGCCUGCCAUGAGGGUCCCCAAAGGCUGUGAUGCAGAGCUGCAUGAACAGAAUCUUGCUUUGCAAGCCAGUAAUGAAGAGCUUACAAGAAACUUCUCUCAGUCGAAGGAGCAGGUGAUCCAUUUAGAAGGGCAGUGCACAGCCCUUCAGCAGGAGAACAUGGAAAUCCGGAAGCAGCUUGAUAGCUGCUGUCUGCUGCUGCUUGCUGGGAAUGUUGAUCCAGUUUUGGGUCAGAGAGUAGCAGAAAUAACGAAACAGAAUGAAGACCAGCAGAAGGAUGUCAUGAAUGCUGCAGCGGAUCUGCUUGGAGAGCUGAAGACUUUUGGGGAAAUGGCCUUGGGACACAGACAGCAGCUGCAGGUGCAGGAGACAAUGAGGGUGCUUAAGAGCAGCCAAGAGCAGCACUGUGAGGAGAGGAAGGGCUUUUCUCUGGAAGUGGAGGAGAUGGAGAGGGCCCUGGACGAUGCUGAAGCUCUCCUGCAGGACAUAUAACAGCCAGAUUGUAUCUUUGCUUAAUCUGUAAGCUUCAGAGCAGCAUACCUACUAUGCUGUGCUAUGUUGUACCAUGAUUCAAAGCCAGUCUUUCAGUAUUCUUGCAAAAUACUGUACUCCUUGGUUUGGAAUUGUACAGUUUUGCCUCUUCCUCAUAAAUUUUUUAAAAAUGUUAUUGAUAUAAUAAACUCUUAUUUAUGCUCUGCA